AUGCUCUGGCGAAUGAGCGGCUCAUUUGGCCGAGCCGCUCAAGUGGAGACGCCUGAGCACGCUCGGCCCGAGCAAAUCCGAGCGCGCUCAGGGCGAGCUCUGUCGGUUUAUGUCCGUGCUCAAAGGCGGCUAAAGGCGCUCAGUAUUCGCUCGGCGCUCAGUGUGGACGGUCAAGAUCAAGCGUAUGUGUCAAAAUGGUUUGCAUUUGAUGGGAUAAAAUUUUUAAUGGAUAAAAGUGAACCAAAUGAAACUCGAGAUAGUUCCAAUGACAACCGAACCAAAGACGUUUUGGAUGUUGAAAAUGCUGAUAAUCAAGGCAUUAAUGACAAUGAAGCAAGCAGUGAAAUGCGCCCUCCAAAUCAAAAAAGUGCUAAGAAAAAGAAAACAGCGGACAAUGAUGACCCGUACACAAGUUAUGGAUUGCAUAUUGCCAAUGAACUAAAAAAAUACGAUAAAGGUACCUUGGCCUGUGCCAAACAUGCCAUUAAUAAUAUAAUAUUCCAUGCAGAUAUGGGAAAUUAUUCACCAAAUGUCUAUUGUCCACGUGAAUAUUACAAUGAGCCACAACAAUAUGGUUAUGCUAUUAUUAAACUAAAAGAGACGGGUUUUAGCAACAGCCAUAUGAAAAAAACUAUGGAAUUUCACGACUUCUCUAAAGCUAAAGAGGUUGCAAUUCAUGAGAAUUGGACAGAAAGGUUACCAACAUAUGCAGAAGAAGUCUAUGAGGGAUCUAAAGAAGAACUACAAGAGCCUUGUGAACUUGCAUUAAAACUAAACCUCAUCCUGAGGACCCAUGGGCAUUAUUAG